CUCAAGUGGACAUUUAAUAUGGGACGGAGGUAAUAUAUAAGUAUAUAAAAGAAAUAUGACUAAAAAUGAUCUCAAAGAUAAAAAAAAAGUUAUAGCGAGUUAAAAUUUUUGAAAUUAACAACUAAAAUGGGACAGAGAUAGGGAGUACAAAAGGACUAAUAUUCCCCAAAUAUUUACCGGAACAUAUAAUAUGAGCAUCUUUAGCGAUUGGAAAUGAAGCUCAUUUUUUUUUUUUUUUUUGAGUUCAUCAUUACCAGUGUAUAGAUAUAUUUGCACAGUUGGAAUUCUGAUUUUUGGAAGCAUCUAUUGAUUACGAGAUGAACUAUUGCUCGUUUUAGCAAAGCAUUCAUUACAUAUCACCAUUCUUUUAUUCCCAAUAUACUUUCAAUUUAUCUUUGUUCAAUUCAUGUAACACGUCUUGACAAUUAUUCAAUACUUUUCUUACAGAACAUCUUCAGUCACUAUAUAUAUAUAUAUAUGAUGUAUCAUCUAUUUUACUCAUCUCUUCAGACAAAACCGGCGAAUUAGAAGAAGACAACCGAUUGGAUAGAUCAAAGAGCCGGAAUUUUUUUAUUCUGGAGACGAGUCGAUUUGGUGACGAGGAGAAUGUGAACCUUCUGAACCACUUCAUCCUAUAGUAGACAAAGGAGAAGGCGAACCUUCUGAACCACUUCAUCCAAUAGUUUAUAAGAAUCGUUUGAACCAUUUCGGUGGAAAUAGCAAGGUCCAUAGUAUAUAUUAUAUAUUCAUGUGUUUGGAAAUAACAAGGACGAUAGUGUAUUUUAUAUAUAUUGAUAGUGCUGAAAAGUCGUUUCCUUAACCAGGUAGGUAGCUCAUCGACAAUGGUGGAGAUGCCAGACCCUUCCAUCAAUUUUAAUGUAGAUUUGCGGAGUGCAGUAACUUUCCGGCGCCCAGCAUCGGAAAAUCACCUAUGGGCAUUUUGGAGUGAGCCGACUCUCUGUCCUUGCAGUGGUAGUAUUACCGAUUCAGUAACUAGCACUCCCACCACCAAUCAAAGGAUUACAGAGAAGACCAAAAAUGCGCUUCUACACUUCCACAAUAAUUGCAAUCUGAAUCAAAUUCUAAUUCAGUUUUGGGCACCCAUCACAACAGAAACAGGGUGUGUCCAGCUUGAAAUUUCAGACCAACCUUUUGUUCUAACUGAAGAUCCCGAUGAACGACUUCUCAAGUAUAGGAAGCAUUGCUUGGACUAAAAAUUUAAUGUGGAUGGAGCAGAAGAACACCUUGGAAUUCGUGGCCGUGUGUUCCGCCAAAAAGUGCAAGAGUGUACUACAGAUGUGCAAUAUUACUCUAGCAAAGAGUACCCACAGGGCAACUUUGCUCUAACUUGCAAUAUUUCUGCUUCUUUUGCUUUCCCCAUGUUUCACACAUCUUUUCACGACUACGUUGGAGUACUUGAGUUCAUAACUACACGUUUCGUAGAUUUAUGCGGUAUCUGUGCUUUGAUUUUAAAGCAUACGCACCUGGUUCGUUGAAAAUUUCUUCUAAUUAAUUUGCUGAGAAGCUGAGAUAUGAAUGCAAGAUAUUUGGGGAUGAUUUGAUUUUCCAUUUCCAUCAAUUCAAAUCUUACAAAAUUAUUCAUUUCUCUUCUCUUGCAGAAUGCAGAAAUGAAAAGUUCUUUAUGUCGUCAUUUAAUUUUUAGGGUAAGUUACAGCUGUAAUAUGCAAAUA